GUAUUCAGUAACACAAGGAGUGUUUCUUCGCUGUGGAAGUGCUUUGAACGCCGCGCCAAAUUAUGAUGAUUUGAUUGAGAAUAAUUGAAGAAAUGAUGUCGGACUUGACAGACGAAUAUAUGCAUUAUUAUCAGUCCCUCUCGUUUCAGUUUGAUGAGGUAGAUUCUUUUGAAAAAUGCAGCAUUAAAAGAAAAUGUCUUGCGCAAAGUUUCAAAACAUCCGUCACCAUGUCUUCCAAUGAAACAACAUGCACCAUACUAGAAGAGCAAUUGCAAGAAUAUGCAAAAUUGGUUGACAAUCAGGAUGAUGAUGACGUUAAUAACUAUGCAAAGCCCAUUGAGGCUCUCACAGCACGUGCUAAAAUUGAAAGCUUCCAGUGGAAAAGUGACCUAAAGGAUGCACAAUCAAUCUUGAAUAGGAUGCUUGUUCCACUUGACUGCAGUGGUACAUUAGAGUGUCAGGCUGCAAGAGUAACAGAUAGUGACAUAAAGAUGCUGGGAUCAGCCCUGAAGAAGAACUGGAACAAAAAUUCAGUGCCCAGUACGUCAUCCCACAAUGGAUCGGCAACUGGUUUGCGGAAUAAUAAUCAGCAAUAUUUGGGGUCUGAUUUACCCGUAGAGGUAGAAGAUAGCUUUAAUGCUAAUCGUGGCAACUCAUUAUUACAUUCUAACUUGAAGCAAGCACCAAUCCCCAACCACCCUUUGUUCCAAAAACAAGAAACAGGUGUGUGGAUGCCAGGCAGGCAAAAUCUGCCAGGUGUAGGUUUCCCAGACACUGUUGAUGUCAAAAAAACUAUGCAGAGCAGAAUGUCAGCAGCAGUACCAAAAUUUAAUCCGCAGAAAGAUGUGGUUUGGGGUCCAUCAGUGCAUCAGAGGGAUGCACUUCCUUCAUCCACAUCAUCUACUAAUCAAUCAAAUAUCUUCAGGCAAGAGAAGAAAGGUUACAGUAAUUUUGAUGAAGGGAACCAACAUCAAAACACAGCUUUUCAUACUGCUAGAGAAGAACUGAACCUUCAGAAUCAGAAGAAGUGGGGUUCUGGCAGAUGUGGCGGUGCCUCAUCAAUGGAACAGCAGCCAUCCUAUGCCUAUGGUGCUCAGAAACGGUCCCUUGGUACUCGACGUGGUGUUAUGAACAAAUUUAUUCCUCCAAUAAGAAAUGAAGAAGGAGAUAUGCUGGAAAGGCAUCCAAGAAAUGAUUAUAACCAGGGAAUGGUACAAGAAGAGGAUGAAAGACUGAAAAACAUUGACCCGAAAAUGAUUGAGUUAAUACGAAAUGAAAUUAUGGACUGUGGAGCCCCUAUCACAUGGGAUGACAUAGCUGGACUUGAAUUUGCAAAGUCUACAAUCCAGGAAAUUGUUGUCUGGCCUAUGCUCAGACCUGAUAUCUUCACUGGUCUGCGUAGGCCACCAAAAGGGAUUCUUCUGUUUGGACCACCUGGUACAGGCAAAACACUUAUUGGUAAAUGUAUUGCUUCACAAUCACGUUCAACAUUCUUCAGUAUAAGUGCAUCUUCCCUGACAUCAAAGUGGAUUGGUGAAGGAGAAAAAAUGGUUAGAGCUUUGUUUGCUGUGGCGAGGUGUCAUCAACCAUCUGUUGUCUUCAUAGAUGAAAUUGACUCUCUGUUAAGUCAAAGAAGUGAGACUGAACAUGAAAGCUCUCGGCGCAUAAAAACUGAAUUCCUUGUUCAGCUGGAUGGUGCUGCAACUGGAGAAGAAGAUCGUAUAUUAGUUAUAGGGGCAACAAAUAGGCCUCAGGAACUGGACGAGGCAGCGCGCCGCAGACUUGUGAAACGUCUGUACAUUCCGCUGCCCGAGUUUCAGGCAAGGAAGCAAAUUGUGGAACGUCUUAUGUCAAAUGAGAAACAUUGCUUAUCACCCGCUGAAGUAAAUGAAAUUUCAUCACUAACAGAGGGGUACUCAGGAGCAGACAUGAAAAAUCUUUGUCAGGAAGCCUCUCUUGGACCUAUUAGGUCAAUGAAUUUCCUACAUAUUGAAAACAUUACUUCAGACCAGGUUCGGCCCGUGACUGUAGAGGAUUUCAAGACUGCCUUAAGGAGGGUAAGAGCUAGUGUUUCGCAGACAGACCUGAUACAAUACGUGACAUGGGAUAAACAGUAUGGAUCAGGAGGCCCAAUAUGAGGUUUUUGUAAGAAUUAUUAAUUGAGGCUGAAUACAAACUUUGUUAGUGCAGUUUCCAUGAGAGCGGAAAUAUGUUGUUGUAUUUGGUACAAGCAAACAAAAGGUUUUAACAUAAAUAAGCUAUUUUGUAAGCUGAGAAAUAGCUUAUGUGGAUAUGUUAGUUUUGUUACUUAUUAAGGCAUAACAGAAAAAUUUCUGAGUCUCAGUUUCGAGUCAAAGGAUAUAUGUUUUCUUGUUGAAAUAGCAAUGGUUAUCAUUCUGCUAUUUUGAAAAUUUUUAAUUUAUGUGUUGAUCAGUUGUAAUGUAAUAAAUGGACAUUAUACAGAAAAACUGCAAGAUGUAAGUAACCACACAUCCUGACCUGUUAGAGGCAGGUCUGUGUGUGAAAGUAGCGAUAUCAUAUAUAUCAACUGUACUUCAUAACAACAUAGUUCUCUGUAAGUAUGAUCAUCAGCCAGCUGUCCACCCACAUUUCCAGUCAUUGCCAGACUGUGGUCAAGUACAAGAACAACCAAUCAAUGGCAUAAAACAGUGCUAGAAUAUGGUUGCCUCACAACUUGUCCCAUUUUUCUCCACUGUGCCACCACCACCAGCUUCUCUGAAUUACACAUGAUGGAAAUAUCCCUCCUAACCCACAUUUACAGUCUGCAAUCUCCUGGACUUCCUCACUAGCUGAUUGCCUGACAUUUUCUUGACUUCCUCACUAGCUGAUUGCCUGACAUUUCCUAGACUUCCUCACUAGCUGAUUGCCUGACAUUUCCUAGUUACUUAUUUAUCCUUAUCUUCCAUUAGAGAGGAAAAGGAAUCAAAUCUGCCUAUAGUGAAAAACAGAAGUAAUUUUAUUUCCAUGUUUAAAAAUAUAAGUACGGCAUACAAAUUAUAAAUUGAGACAUUUUAAAGAUUCAAUAUAAUAUUAAUUUAAUAUAAUAGGGUGUAUAUGACCCAGGACAACCGGGAGACCUGGGAAAAACCCGGGAAUUUUUUCAUCCAGGAAAAAACCGGGGAAACCCCAGGAAUUUUUAGAAUUCCAGGAAUUUUUCAUUGUUUUAGUUUUCAGUUAAAUUUUUGUAAUUUUGACUGUUAAGAACCAAUACUU